AUGCCUGAAGCAGCAGUACCAGGGCUAAGCGACACCGCGUUGAGCGAUACCUCAUCCCUGGUGGCCGCUAUCGAGAGCGAAGACAACAAAUUGGUGUCGAUGCACUACGAGAGGUUGAAAGAGGAUGUUUACGCAUCGAUAAAGGCCCAGACACGCCAGAUCGAGGCCUUGCUCUGUAACCUCUUUCGAGUUUCGGAAUGCCGCAUUGUUCCGUCGGAGCUCUGGGGAUUCGGUAGCUUCAACGUCGCAGUUCUCGUCCGCCUGCCGCGCAAGAAUGUGUAUUUACGCCUUCCGUUUCUACACAGGAUAGGGGAACAGCAUUUCCCUGGAAACGCGGAGGAGAAGCUCCGCACAGAGAUUGGAACCUACCUGUGGCUACAUGAACACUGUCCAGACGUACCGAUACCCCAAUUACACGCCUUUGGAUUUCCUGAUGGCUCAAUCUAUACGGAUCCCGAUCUUGCACCCUGGUGGCAAAGGAUUCCACGGCAGCUCAAACGGAUGUUUGCGAUGCUACUCGGCCGGCCUAAGCCUAUACAGCAUGUGGCCAGUUCGGUGCGGCACGGCCUUUCGUCUGGAUUUCUCAUCAUCAGCGAAGCAGAAGGCAAGAGUCUUAUGUGGACCUGGAAUAAGCAUUGUCGAGAUAAAAGCUAUACAAAUAACCUCUUUCGCGGGCUGGCGCGUAUUGCUGUGUCGAUGAACAGCAUUCCACAAAAAGGAAUUGGCUCAUUCUCGCUCGGGACUGACAACAGCACCAUCUUACUACAAAAUCGGCCACUGAAUCUAUAUAUGCACAUGGUAGAGAAUGCCGGUAUUCCUACGGAGAUUCCUCGCCAUCGGACAUACCUUGAGGUAGAAUCGUACCUGUCGGACUUGCUAUCGCUACAAGAUUCUAAGCUACGGCACCAACCAAAUUCAAUGGGGGAUUAUGAGGAUGGCCAGAGACAAAUGGCUGCUCUCACUGGCUUGCGAGCAACCAUGCAUCUGUUCCUAAAUCCUAAAUACCGACAGGGCCCUUUUUACCUGACCCUAAGCGAUCUGCACCCAAACAACAUAUUUGUGGAUGAAAAGUGGAAUAUCAAGACAAUCAUCGACUUGGAAUGGGCAAGCACCACACCUGUCGAGAUGCAAACCCCUCCAUACUGGCUUACAUCGAGGACAGUCGACGGGUUUAAAGAAGCAAGCCACUUUCAAGAGUACAGUGAGACACUCGAAGAAUAUCUAGCAGUGUACGAGGACGAGGAGUUGAAACGCAACGGGUCAUCGUGGCAGGCAGAUAUGCAACGUCAAACGUGGCAGAAGGGGAGCUUCUGGUUCUUUCACGCUGUCAGAGAUUCAAAGGCCAUGUAUAACCUGUUUAAUCGGCAUAUACAGCCCAUGUUCAACGCAGAGCAUCCUGAGAUGCAGAUUUAUGACGACGUCUUCUGCUGUUAUUGGGGCUAUGGUGCGUCAAGCCUGAUUGAGAAAAAGUUAAAGGACCGAGAGGCAUACGUAAACGACCUGAGAGAAGCAUAUCGUGCAGAAUCGGACGAAUGA